AUGUUGGAAGAGCUCGGUGAUGGCACCUGUGGUAGUGUAUUUAGGGCCAUUAAUACAGACACCUGUGAAAUUGUUGCUGUGAAGAAAAUGAAACGGAAGUUCUAUUUUUGGGAAGAGUGUAUGAACCUACGAGAAGUGAAGGCCCUUCGAAAAUUGAAUCAUCCCAAUAUCAUAAAGUUGAAAGAGGUGGUCCGGGAGAACAAUGAACUAUUUUUCAUCUUUGAGUACAUGGAACACAAUUUGUACCAAAUAAUGAAGGAACGAGAAAGGCCUUUCUCAGAGAAAGAAAUACGGAGUUUUAUGUCCCAGGUGCUACAAGGACUUUCCAAUAUGCAUAAAAAUGGAUAUUUUCAUCGUGAUCUAAAACCUGAAAAUUUGCUGGUGACGAACGAAGUUCUAAAAAUUGCUGAUUUUGGACUGGCUAGAGAAGUUUCAUCACAGCCUCCUUAUACUGAAUAUGUCUCGACGAGAUGGUACCGUGCUCCAGAAGUUUUGUUGCAGUCAUCAGUAUACACUCCAGCUAUUGACAUGUGGGCGGUUGGCGCAAUACUUGCUGAGCUAUUCACUUUAUCACCUAUCUUCCCUGGAGAAAGUGAACUUGAUCAACUAUACAAGAUUUGCUGCAUUUUGGGUUCGCCGGAUUGGAAUACGUUUCCUGAGGCUACAAACAUAUCUCGAUUGAUAAAUAUCAGCCACUCAGAGAUUACACCAGCUAAUUUAUCUGAAAUCAUACCCAAUGGCAGCUCGGAAGCGCUUGAUCUGAUUGUGCAACUGUGUUCCUGGGACCCACAUAAGAGACCAACUGCUGAUCAGGCUCUACAACAUCCGUUUUUCCAUGUUGCUAUGAGAGUUCCUUACCCGCUCCGAGACCCGCUUGAACUCAGCCUGAACAAUAUUGGGGCAAUGCCAAACCUGGAAUUAAACCUCUGGGAUUUUGGUGCACAAAAUGAUGACUGUUUCCUGGGAUUAACCCUGGCAGUGAAGCCCAGUGCCUCGAACUUGGAGAGAGUGCACAAUAUUUCUCAAGGCAUGGAAAAGGACAUUUUGUUUUGUUCCGAUUUGAAGGAUCAUCAAGACCAGUCAGUAUUCUGGUCCCUUGUCUCUCCUGCUCAAAACCGGAUUCACCCUAAUGUGGAGUCAUCUCUAUCUUUAUCAUUCAGUUCACUUCAGCAUCCGUCAGUCGGUGUCCCGCAGUCAUCCGGGUUUGCAAUUGCAUCACUUCAACCCAACAUCUUAGAAUAUCCAUUGUUGGCGAUGUCGUCCCCCUUGCAGCAAACUCAUUACCUCUGA